AUGUCGUCUAAUUCUCGGUCGGCAUUCCCCCAUUCUCUAGGGAUUUCCAAAAGUCUGGAUAUCAGCGCGUCUGCUUCUAUUGUUUGGGCCCUCCUUGUUGAUGUAGACUCUUAUCCGAAUCACCUUUCUACUUGCAUGAGUGUAAGAGUGUAUCAACCCCAUCCCACCAAUCGAAGAAAUCCUAGGGGAAGCAGCAAUGCAUCACAAAACGUAGGCAGUGUCAAAGCAGGGUCCAAGUGGGUAGAGGUUCGACAGUUCAAAGGUCGCACAUACAAGAUGCUUGUGUCGACCACGGCUGUAGACAAUGAGGAAGAUGACCCAAAGUCGUUCACUGUGGCGACGGACGCGCUGGGUUCUACCAGCACGGCAACUCAUACCCUGACAACCAUAGACGAAAGGUCAUGCCGAUUGUCCUUGUCGUAUGGUAUCGUUCCACAUCGGUGGUGGUCUCAAAUAUAUUUCGCCUGCUUCAAGAGAAUCCUCAGAAAAGACUGCCUGGAAGCCCUGGAGCAUGAUCUUGCUGACAUUGCGAAAGCUGCCGUUGCCGUUGCCACCGGACAAGAUGAGGCUCGGUAA